AUGUAAGUUAAAAAAUGCAUGUUUUGCCAAAAAUUAUAGACUGAUGGAUCUUUUCAGUUAAUUCUCAAAAGAGCAUUAUAUUCCAAAUACUCUCAGUCAUAAAACUUUUUUUAUGAAAAAGACAUUAAUGAUAUUUUGGAUGAGAAGUAAGUAAAAUCUACUAUUCGAAACAAAGAUAAUGCUUAAUUUGGAGAUGAAAAAGAAUAUAUGCGAAGGUAAUGAAAAUAAUAAUAUCAUUACAAAAGAUUUUAUAGAUAUUUUGAAAGUGAUGAUAGAAUUCCAUCAUUAUUGGAAUAUUAUAAAUACCAUAUCAAUAUUCCAAGAAACUUUCAUUGUAAGAUUAUAAAUAAGAGAAUGGAAAAAGUUAGAGAAAUUUAAUAUUGCAAAGUUAAAAUUGAAUUAGGUCUUUAUGAAGAAAUAAAACAAUAAACUCCUACAAAAGUCAAAGAUUCAUCUGAUGAUUGUUCUGUUACAUAACUUAAGUAUUUAUUAAAAGAUCUCAAACUUUAAUCUACAGAUAUAUCUAGAAUUAGUAAUACAACUGUUUUAAAAGACUUAGUCCAAUUAAUAGGUGAACCAAAAAGUAAACCUAAACCAUUUUAAAUAUUUAAUUAAAACAAACAAAUUUAAACUUAAUUUAAACCAUCCCAAGAAGCUUAAAGACUUAUAUAUUAACAUUGUUAAGGAACUUUAAAAAAAACAAUUGAAAAAUAAAUAAAAUAAACAAAAUAAAUUAACUCUCCUCCUUUAACUUAACGUAUUACAAAACCUAUUCAAACAUCUAGAUAAUCUUCAGCUCAUAAAUAAUCAUCUAAAAUUGAUAUACCAAUUUAAACAAUAAAAAAACCACCUUAAUUAAAAUAAAGAUAAGCAUCACUUGGAAAUAUAGAAUUCACUAAAUCUUGUUUAACUACAGCUCGAAAUACACCUUAAUAAAAUGAAUUAUUAAUUGAAUUAGCUAAAAAAAUGUUCUCAACUAAAAUGACAUUUAAUAAUAGUAAUUAAAAGAAAAAAGCAAUUCAUUUGAAUUAACAACAAAAUUUUUUUGUAAAAGGUAGAACAAAUUUAGCUAAUAGUACUAAGAAUUUUGAAGAUUUAAAAAGUUCUAUGAGGAGUUUAAGAUCAAGACAUCUUACUCCAAGUUAAAUUUGUAUUUCAAAUCAUGGUACUCCUAAAAUAAAAAAGAAAUGA